ACCACACCAAACACCCGGUAAGCGUCAAGUCAAGAAACGUGCCGCCAGACGCCACCGGACCUGUAGAUCUGACGGCGACGCACGGACGCCGCCGUUGACGUCGCGACGAAAGAGAGGCCCGUCCGCACUGGGCUGCGCCGUGAAGCCCACGUCCGGCCCGCGCUGCCACGCCAGCGUCGCCGCAUAUAGGACUCGCGUGCUGCGCCCGAGCGGAACCCUAGUCAGCCGCUGGGUCGCUCGCCCCCGUCACCCACCUUCCUUCGCGCGGCGCUUACUCGGGGCUUCGGUCGGCCUUGGAAGAUGUCGGACUCCGAGGAACACCACUUCGAGUCGAAGGCCGACGCCGGUGCGUCCAAGACUUAUCCGCAGCAGGCCGGCACUGUCCGUAAGAAUGGCUACAUCGUCAUCAAGAACCGUCCGUGUAAGGUUGUUGAGGUUUCCACUUCCAAGACAGGGAAGCAUGGGCAUGCCAAAUGUCACUUUGUGGCCAUUGACAUUUUCAAUGGAAAGAAGCUUGAGGAUAUUGUGCCCUCAUCGCAUAACUGUGAUAUUCCCCAUGUCAACCGUACUGACUACCAGCUGAUUGAUAUAUCUGAGGAUGGAUUCGUCAGCCUGCUGACUGAAAGUGGAGGCACCAAGGAUGAUCUUAAGCUCCCUACUGAUGAAACUCUGCUUACCCAGAUUAAAGAUGGAUUCAGUGAGGGAAAGGAUCUGAUCGUCUCGGUGAUGUCUGCUAUGGGCGAGGAGCAGAUCUGUGCUCUGAAGGAUAUCGGCCCCAAGUAGAGCUGAGCUGCAUUGCUUUUGCACUGGUUAUUUAUCUUGUCGUCUAUUUACUUGGGAGGUGGUUGAGUUGAUAUACAGUAUAAACGUUUCGAUUGAGGGUAACAUGAGACUUCUGUACUGUCGUCUUUUACGCACAGUGAUGUCGACGUACCUAUCUGUAUUGUACCUUUGAGUCCAAAUUGCGGAAUAAAUAAUGAACUAUAACAUCUAA